CCACCCCUUUGGAUCACCACACUCCAUUGGGUGCUUUGCACAUAAAUAGGAUCCGGUGCACACAGCUCGCGGCUUGAAAGAGUAAUCCGCUCCGGGCGUCAUCGUUGUAUCCAAAGCGCCGUGCUAGAUUCCACACCUAGACAGGACGCCGCACACGGCAGCCACCCUCGUGUGCGUGACUGCGUCUCGCGCGGGCAAGAGUGCGCAGGCAGAGCCAUGGACGUAGAAGCGCGUAAGUCCGACGCGCCGCCCGCGCGCGGCAAGGCGAUGCACCGCUUUCUCGUAGCGCUCAACUGCGGGAUGCUGGCGGUGGGAGCCAUCGGCGGGCCGCUCCUGAGCCGGCUCUACUUCAGCAAGGGCGGGCACCGGCAGUGGCUGUCCGCGUGGCUGGAGACCGGCGGGUGGCCGCUGCUGGUGAUUCCCGUGGCGGCGUCGUUCGUGGCCCGCCGCGCGCGCGACAGGGGCGCCCCGGUCCUGCUCGCGCCGCCGCGGAUCCUGCUGGCCGCCGCGGGCCUCGGCGUGGCCACGGGCGCGGACGACUUCAUCUACGCCUUCGGGCUCGCGUACCUCCCGGUGUCCACGUCCGCGAUCCUGAUCUCGACGCAGCUGGCGUUCACGGUGUUCUUCGCGUUCCUCGUGGUGCGGCAGCGCCUGACGGCCGCGUCCGUGAACGCCGUGGCGCUGCUGACGGUGGGCGCCGUGGUGCUGGGCCUGCACGUCUCGUCGGACCGGCCCCCGGGCGUCACCAGGGGCCAGUACUGGCUGGGCUUCGUGCUGACGCUCGGCGCCGCGGCGCUCUACGGCCUCGUCCUGCCGCUCGUGGAGCUCGCCUACAGGCGCGCCGCGGGCGCCGGCGGCCGCGCCGUGACGUACGCGCUGGUGGUGGAGAUGCAGCUGGUGAUGGGCUUCUUCGCCACCGCGUUCUGCACCGUCGGCAUGGUCGUCAACAAGGAUUUCCAGGCGAUCCCGCGGGAGGCGAGGCGGUACAAGCUUGGGGAGGCGCGGUACUACGCGGUGCUGGCGUGGUCGGCGGUGCUGUGGCAGUGCUUCUUCCUGGGCGCGGUGGGCGUCAUCUUCUGCGUGCACACGCUGCUGGCGGGCAUCCUCAUCGCGGUGUUCAUCCCGGUGACGGAGGUGGCGGCCGUCAUCUUCCUGCGCGAGAGGUUCAGUAGCGAGAAAGGCGUGGCGCUGGUGCUCUCGCUCUGGGGCCUCGCGUCCUACUCCUACGGCGAGUGGAGCGAGGCCAGGGCCAAGAAGAGGAAGACCAGGACGGAGGAGGGCGCCGCAGCCGCGGAGGCCCUGCAGCAGGCGAACCCGUGAUGCUGCUGCGGACUUUGGCCUGGCCUCUUCGAUCUUCCCCGUUGUGUGUAUAUCAGUAUAUGUUGUGAUUGUGAUCGCUGCUGUGUGCUACGUGGAUAGCGUCCUGAAUCGUCGUCACCUGCAGCUGUCGCUUCUGGUGUGGGUGCUCUUCUGUUCGGCGGUGGACGUUGGCCAAUACUGUGCUGCAUGGUGUGUAGAUGUACCUUGGCAGUACCACGUUCGGUUCGGACAGUAAGUCUGGACCGGCGCACUUUGUGGGCCGAUCCCAGUACAGGACUGAUCUAAUCUGAACGAAUAUAAAAAAAAGAAGAAAUGUCUGUUUCUAUGUGUUA